CGGCGCGGCGCGGCACAGUAGUUCCCCCGGCGCCGGGCUUCCUCGCGUUAGACGUGCUGUGUUGUGAUCACGUGGGCAGCUCCGGGCGCGGCGCUUGUUUUGGUUUCCCUCUAAGUUGCCCACGGCAGCUUCUGGGUGAGCGACUUUCCUGCACCUGCCCACACCCUGACCUCGUCUUCGGGCUCUCUCAGCCCGCAGUUCCGCAAGCCCCUGGGGCGGGCUCCUGCCAUGCCGCUGGUCCGUUACAGGAAGGUGGUCAUCCUCGGAUACCGCUCUGUAGGGAAGACAUCUUUGGCACAUCAAUUUGUGGAAGGCGAGUUCUCGGAAGGCUACGAUCCUACAGUGGAGAAUACUUACAGCAAGAUAGUGACUCUUGGCAAAGAUGAGUUUCACCUACACCUGGUGGACACAGCAGGGCAGGAUGAGUACAGCAUUCUGCCCUAUUCAUUCAUCAUUGGAGUCCAUGGUUAUGUGCUUGUGUAUUCUGUCACCUCUCUACAUAGCUUCCAAGUCAUUGAGAGUCUGUACCAAAAGCUACACGAAGGCCAUGGGAAAACCCGGGUGCCAGUGGUUCUAGUUGGGAACAAGGCAGAUCUCUCUCCAGAGAGAGAGGUACAGGCAGUUGAAGGGAAGAAGCUGGCAGAGUCCUGGGGUGCGACAUUUAUGGAGUCAUCUGCUCGAGAGAAUCAGCUGACUCAAGGCAUCUUCACCAAAGUCAUCCAGGAGAUUGCCCGUGUGGAGAAUUCCUAUGGGCAAGAGCGUCGCUGCCAUCUCAUGUGAGCCCUUGGGUGUGGUGUAACUGCCUUGUUUCUGCCUCUGGCACUUGCCAUGUUCCAGUGGGGGGUCAGACCCUCAGGACUUCACGGGUAUGGUUGCCAGCUGUGUUCCUGACCCCUGGACACACAGUGUGGCAUCCUCAUGUUUGCACACUUUCCCCAGGCUCUAGUGGCCUGGAUGUCAAUGUUUACAAAGGGGCAAGGACCUCUCAUGGACACUGGCCUCUAGCCCUCUGUUUUUGCUAGAUGAAUUCUGUUAUAACCUGUGGGGUCAGGAUAUGAGUCCUGGGCAUUAUUUAUCCAGGACCCAUCCUCUUGGGUGAGUUUUGGGUGUUGGCUGGGUAAGGGGAGCCAGGGACUUCUGAAAUAGAGCUGGCUCCCUGGGGUGACAAUGUAUAUAUGCAAAUAAACUGAGAAAUCUUUUGUUGUUGA